AUGAUGAGGUGGAACUCCACUAGUGUGCCUGACUUCGUCCUCCUGGGGCUGACAGAUUCUGAAGAGACACAGCUGGUCCUUUUCCUGCUUUUCCUCAUGAUCUACCUGGUCACUGUGCUGGGGAAUGGAGGGAUGAUACUGACCAUUCGCCUGGAUCCCCAGAUGCACACCCCCAUGUACUUUUUUCUCACUCAUCUGUCAUUUCUCGACCUCAGCUACUCAAGUGUCAUCACCCCUAAAACCUUACAGAACUUACUGACUUCCUCCAAGAGCAUCUCAUUCCUGGGCUGCUUCACACAGAUGUACUAUUUUGUUCUCUUUGGUGGCACUGAAUGCUUUCUCCUGUCCUCCAUGGCCUAUGACCGCUAUGUGGCUAUCUGCAGCCCUCUGUACUAUCCAGUCAUUAUGUCUACAAGACUCUGCUACGCCCUGCUUGCUGGCUCUUAUACAUUUGGCUUUGUGGAUUCCACUGUGAAUGCAGUUUGCAUGAGCAGACUGCAUUUUUGCAACUAUAAUGUCAUCCAUCACUUCUUCUGUGAUACAUCUCCUGUCUUAGCCCUUUCUUGCAAUGAUAUACAUGACCUUGAAAUAACAAUAUUCAUUUUUGGUGGUUCCACACUAGUUCUGUCUCUCAUCUCUGUGUGUGGAUCCUAUGUGUUCAUUCUCUCCACUAUCCUCAAAAUUAAUUCCUCUGCAGGAAAACAAAAAGCCUUCUCUACCUGUGCCUCUCAUCUCCUGGGAGUCACCAUCUUUUACAGCACUAUGAUAUUUACUCAUUUAAAACCGAAGGAGUCCUACUCUUUGGGAAAGGAUCAGGUUGCUUCUGUGUUUUACACUAUUGUGAUCCCCAUGCUGAAUCCACUCAUCUACAGUCUCAGAAAUAAGGAGGUGAAAAAUGCUGUUCUUAGAGUCCUGCAGAGGAGACAGAGCUCCAGAAAACUAAUAUAA